CGGGAAGGACUCCCCAAAAUUGAAGAGGGGGAGGCCUCGGACUUCUCGCUGGCCUGGGAUUCCUCCGUGACAGCAGCAGGAGGCCUAGAAGGAGAGCCGGAGUGCGAUCGGAAAACCAGCCGUGCACUGGAAGACAGGAACAGCGUGACAAGUCAAGAGGAGAGAAAUGAGGACGAUGAAGACGUGGAGGAUGAGUCAAUUUACACCUGCGAUCACUGUCAGCAGGACUUCGAGUCUCUGGCAGACCUGACGGACCACCGGGCCCACCGCUGUCCUGGAGAUGGUGAUGACGACCCACAGCUCUCCUGGGUGGCCUCGUCUCCCUCCAGCAAGGAUGUUGCGUCACCCACGCAGAUGAUCGGAGAUGGUUGUGACCUCGGCCUCGGCGAGGAGGAAGGGGGCACAGGCCUGCCGUACCCUUGCCAGUUCUGCGAUAAGUCCUUCAUCCGCCUGAGCUACUUGAAGAGGCACGAGCAGAUCCACAGUGACAAGCUGCCGUUCAAGUGCACCUACUGCAGCCGCCUCUUCAAGCACAAGAGGAGCCGAGACCGGCACAUCAAGCUGCACACAGGCGACAAGAAGUACCACUGUCACGAAUGCGAGGCGGCUUUCUCCCGGAGCGACCACCUCAAGAUCCAUCUGAAGACCCACAGCUCCAGCAAGCCGUUCAAGUGCACCGUGUGCAAGCGCGGCUUCUCCUCCACCAGCUCGCUGCAGAGCCACAUGCAGGCCCACAAGAAGAACAAGGAGCAUCUGGCCAAGUCGGAGAAGGAAGCUAAGAAAGACGACUUCAUGUGUGACUACUGCGAGGACACCUUCAGCCAGACCGAGGAGCUGGAGAAGCACGUGCUCACCCGCCACCCCCAGCUCUCCGAGAAGGCCGACCUGCAGUGCCUCCACUGCCCCGAGGUCUUUGUCGACGAGAACACGCUGCUGGCCCACAUCCACCAAGCUCACGCCAACCAGAAACACAAGUGCCCCAUGUGCCCUGAGCAGUUCUCCUCAGUGGAGGGUGUCUACUGCCACCUGGACAGCCACCGGCAGCCCGACUCCAGCAACCACAGCGUCAGCCCCGACCCUGUGCUGGGCAGUGUGGCUUCCAUGAGCAGUGCCACACCCGACUCCAGCGCCUCCGUCGAGCGCGGCUCGACCCCGGACUCCACCUUGAAGCCACUUCGGGGGCAGAAGAAGCUGCGGGAUGAUGGGCAGGGCUGGGCCAAGGUGGUCUACAGCUGCCCUUAUUGUUCUAAGCGGGACUUUACCAGCCUGGCUGUGCUGGAGAUCCACCUGAAGACCAUCCACGCAGACAAGCCCCAGCAGAGCCACACAUGUCAGAUCUGCCUGGACUCCAUGCCUACCCUCUACAACCUCAAUGAGCACGUCCGAAAGCUGCACAAGAGCCACGCCUACCCCAUGAUGCAGUUUGGCAACAUCUCUGCCUUCCACUGCAACUACUGCCCCGAGAUGUUUGCUGACAUCAACAGCCUGCAGGAGCACAUCCGCGUCUCCCACUGUGGCCCCAAUGCCAACCCACCUGAUGGCAACAAUGCUUUCUUCUGCAACCAGUGCUCCAUGGGCUUCCUGACCGAGUCCUCCCUCACCGAGCACAUCCAGCAGGCCCACUGCAGCGUCAGCAGCGCCAAGCUGGAGUCUCCAGUUGUGCAACCCACACAGUCUUUCAUGGAGGUCUAUUCCUGCCCCUACUGUACCAACUCACCCAUCUUUGGCUCCAUCCUGAAGCUCACCAAACACAUUAAGGAGAACCACAAGAACAUCCCUCUGGCACAUAGCAAGAAGUCUAAGGCGGAGCAGAGCCCGGUUUCCUCUGAUGUCGAGGUGUCUUCCCCCAAGCGGCAGCGGCUUUCAGGAAGUGCCAACUCCAUCUCCAAUGGGGAGUAUCCCUGUAAUCAAUGUGACCUCAAGUUCUCCAACUUUGAGAGCUUCCAGACACACCUGAAGCUGCACCUGGAGCUGCUGCUGCGGAAGCAGGCAUGCCCACAGUGCAAAGAGGACUUUGACUCCCAGGAGUCCCUCCUGCAGCACCUGACGGUGCAUUACAUGACCACGUCGACGCACUAUGUGUGUGAGAGCUGUGACAAGCAGUUCUCCUCAGUGGAUGACCUGCAGAAGCACCUGCUGGACAUGCAUACCUUUGUGCUGUACCAUUGCACUCUGUGUCAGGAGGUCUUCGACUCCAAAGUGUCCAUCCAGGUGCACCUGGCAGUGAAGCACAGCAAUGAGAAGAAGAUGUACCGCUGCACAGCCUGCAACUGGGACUUCCGCAAAGAGGCCGACCUGCAGGUGCACGUCAAGCACAGCCACCUGGGCAACCCGGCCAAGGCACACAAGUGCAUCUUCUGUGGGGAGACCUUCAGCACUGAGGUGGAGCUGCAGUGCCACAUUACCACGCACAGCAAGAAGUACAAUUGCAAGUUCUGCAGCAAGGCCUUCCACGCCAUCAUCCUCCUGGAGAAGCAUCUGCGAGAGAAGCACUGUGUGUUUGACGCUGCCACCGAGAACGGCACAGCCAACGGGGUGCCCCCUGCGGCCACCAAGAAGGCUGAGCCUACCGACCUGCAGGGCAUGCUGCUAAAGAACCCCGAAGCCCCCAACAGCCAUGAGGCGAGUGAGGAUGAUGUGGAUGCAUCGGAGCCCAUGUAUGGCUGUGACAUCUGUGGGGCAGCCUACACCAUGGAGGUGCUACUGCAGAAUCACCGGCUGCGGGACCACAACAUCCGGCCAGGUGAGGACGAUGGCUCACGCAAGAAGGCCGAGUUCAUCAAGGGCAGCCACAAGUGCAACGUUUGCUCACGGACUUUCUUCUCGGAGAAUGGGCUGCGGGAACACCUGCAGACGCACCGGGGCCCUGCCAAGCACUACAUGUGUCCCAUCUGUGGUGAGCGUUUCCCCUCCCUGCUGACGCUCACCGAGCACAAGGUGACCCACAGCAAGAGCCUGGACACUGGCACCUGUCGCAUCUGCAAGAUGCCCCUGCAGAGCGAGGAGGAGUUCAUUGAGCACUGCCAGAUGCACCCUGACCUACGCAACUCACUCACGGGCUUCCGCUGUGUGGUUUGCAUGCAGACAGUCACUUCCACACUCGAGCUCAAGAUCCAUGGCACCUUCCACAUGCAGAAGCUGGCAGGCAGCUCAGCUGCAUCCUCCCCUAAUGGCCAGGGGCUGCAGAAGCUCUACAAGUGCGCCCUGUGCCUCAAGGAGUUCCGCAGCAAGCAGGACCUGGUGAAGCUCGAUGUCAAUGGACUCCCCUAUGGCCUGUGCGCUGGCUGCAUGGCCCGCAGUGCCAAUGGACAGGUGGGGGGUCUGGCCCCGCCCGAGCCUUCCGACCGGCCCUGUGCUGGCCUCCGCUGCCCUGAGUGCAGUGUCAAGUUCGAGAGUGCCGAGGACCUGGAGAGCCACAUGCAGGUGGACCACCGUGACCUCACACCAGAGACCAGUGGGCCCCGGAAAGGCUCCCAGACGUCACCAGUGCCCCGGAAAAAGACGUACCAGUGCAUCAAGUGCCAGAUGACCUUCGAGAGUGAGAGAGAGAUCCAAAUCCACGUUGCCAACCACAUGAUUGAGGAAGGCAUCAACCACGAGUGUAAGCUGUGCAACCAGAUGUUCGACUCCCCGGCCAAGCUCCUCUGUCACCUCAUCGAGCACAGCUUCGAGGGCAUGGGCGGCACCUUCAAAUGUCCCGUGUGCUUCACAGUCUUCGUCCAGGCCAACAAGCUGCAGCAACACAUCUUCGCUGUGCACGGGCAGGAGGACAAGAUCUACGACUGCUCCCAGUGCCCGCAGAAGUUCUUCUUCCAGACCGAGCUGCAGGAGAUGGACGGGAGGGCAUUCAAGUCCUCUGAAGGCCGGGAGAGUGCGUGGGGGUAAUUAUGAACCACACCAUGAGCCAGCACGCACAGUGAGGGACCGCUCGACAGGACACCUCUCCGCAGAAGGCUUGCCGGAGACGCCGUGGGGAGGGCCAUUUGAACAUUACAUCCAAUCAAAGUGUCAUUUGCAACCCAGAUGUAAAACUCUAAUGAUUUGGCCAUGAGGCGCUGCUAUUAUAAGCAGCUGGAAAUGAAUAUUAAUGGCAGAGAUUAAAAGUAUUCCAUGCUCAGUAUUUUUUAUUGUCCUGCUACAGCUAGUGUGCUUUUAGAGUUUCCGCCGCAGACUACAUUUCUAGUGUUAGAGAAACCUGCUUUUUGAGGCUAUUGUCCUUUGUUCCUUCAUGUAUUAUAUUGAUAGUUUUUAAAAAAAAGGAUUAGUGUGGUUUUUUUCUUUGCUUCUUUUUUUUUUCUUGUUUUUCUUUCCCCCCCUUUGGUUAACUACUUUUUAAUUGCAAUUCUAGGUAAUUGUGCAUCGUGAUGUGAUUGCUUGGCUAUUGUCUGAAUAUUUCCUUUUAAUUUUUUAAUUAAAGACUAAUGCUUUGAUUGGAUUUGCCAGUUCACCGGACAGUGAUUAAAACUAUGUAAUGAAUAUAAUCGGUUUCAGUGCAACUGGAUGGUCUGCUUUUAAAUGUGACUUAAUCUGACUGCAGUAACUAGUUCAGUUCAAUAAAGGGAAUCCAUGCGAUUAGCA